AUGGCGUACAGAUCAUCAACCAGCGAUUUGUCCCGCGGAGGCGGAGGCGGAGGCGGUGAUAGGUGGGACCGUGAUCGCUUCGCCUACGAGAGGGACCGUGAUAGGUAUGGCGACGAGAGAGAGCGCUUCGAGGAGCGCGAUCGCUUUGUCAGCCGUGGGCCCAGCACCCGGACACACGAGACAUCUGUGGACGACAGAUAUGAACGUCACACGUCACGGCCGUAUGACGAUGACUAUGUUCGUGACAGACGAAACCACGACGAUGACAUCCGACCUCGUCGAUCUCCACCACCUGAGUUGAAACGAGAGGCCUUCUACGAGAGGGAGAGAGAAUAUCGCAGCCCAUCACCGGUCCGAAGGCCCACUACUCUUUUGCGCCGCCAGUCAUCCUUGGAUACUUUCGAUAGGCGACCAGCACCCAAGUUUUACGAGAGGGAGGAAUAUGGCCCCCCUGCCCGCCGCGCGGAUUACCGCCCCGAACGCGAGUACCGUCCUGAACCUUAUCAGCCCAUUCCGCUUCCCCGCUCAAGGGCAUUACCUCCUCCUAGGGUUUAUGCUGAGCGUGAUACCGAAGAAAUCAGGGUCGCUGAGCCCGAUCGAUUUGGCGAUGAUGAAUUCCACGCAUACCCGGAGCGCAUUCGCGAAAGAGAAGUCACUCGCACGCGGCGGCGCAGAGACCGGAGUGGCUCAAGAUCGAGCCGCACCAGCCGUGCACACACGCACCGUAGCAGUCAUCGAAGCGUUACUUCUAGGUCAUCGUCCACAAGCAGCUCCAGCAGUAGCGGUGGAACUACAGUGACCGUGAAGAGCGAAUAUCCCAAAAAGGGCAAGACUAGGAUUCCUGCCAGACUCGUAUCGCAGCGUGCACUUAUCGACCUAGGAUAUCCUUAUGAAGAAGAGGGUAAUACUAUUAUCGUUCAGAAGGCGUUGGGCCAGGAGAAUAUUGAUGAUCUCCUGAAGUUGAGCGAGGACUACAAAAAGUCCGAGCUCGACGUACUUGCAGCGCGGUCUGAAGCUGGUAACCUUGUUGAGGAGCGUCGCACUGAGAUUUUUGUUGCUCCGCCUGCACCUCCUCCAGCACCAGUUGUAGUGGCUGCACCUCCUCCACCAGCACCCGCGCCCGUUUAUAUACCUGCAACGCCGGCACCAGCACCAGCACCGGUCGUUGUAACUGCACCUCCGCCUCCUCCGCAGCCAGCUCCAGUUGAGUACUUCGAGGAGAGAAGGGUGGUGCGCGAAGUUUCACCAGUUCGCAGCCACCGUAGCUAUUCAACCUCAGCAACCUCUCUAUCCUCUCGAACGCCAUACGUAUAUGAUGCUGCUCCCCCAGCAGAAUACGGACCCAUGGCUAUUGUCAGUGACAGAAGAAACGAAAGGGAUAUCAAGGCUGAGAUCGCUCGGUUGGAAGCUGAACGAGAGCUUAUGCGACGUGACAGACACCGCCAUCACCACCACAGUCACAGCCCUGGCGGUGAGCUCGUGAGAGCUGAGCGUCUGAGCACGGGAGAGCUUGUAUUAUACGAAGAGACGGUAGAGAAGAUUGAGGAGCCGCGACGCGGGGUGCGUAUUGAAAAGGACAAAAAAGGUAGGAUGUCCAUCAGCGUACCAAAGCGCCGUUAG